AUGCUCUUUCCUUUGGAAUUUGAGCCACAAGGUCGCUUGUUGAGCUUUGAUCUCGCUCUAAGAGGUAUUGGUUGCAUUGUUGGUGCCAUGCUUGCAUCAAUUUUGACAAACGUCCUUGUCCAGCAGGUCCCACGCAGCAAGACAGAACCUCCUGUUGUUUUCCAUUGGCUUCCUAUUAUCGGGAACGCCAUAUCUUACGGAAGAGACCCGUGCAACUUUUUUAAACGAUGCCAGGAAAAGUAUGGCGACAUAUUUACCUUUAUACUACUGGGUAAACGGAUAACGGUAUAUCUUGGAACGGACGGCAAUGACUUCAUCCUCAACGGCAAACACCAAGAUCUGAAUGCCGAAGAAAUCUAUAGCCCACUCACCACACCGGUAUUUGGAAGCGACGUGUGCUACGAUUGUCCCAAUUCGAAGUUGAUAGAACAAAAGAAAUUCAUCAAAUUUGGACUUACUCAACAAGCACUCGAGUCGCACGUACAGAUAAUUGAGAAAGAGGUCAUAGACUAUGUCAAGUCUUCACCUGCUUUCAAGGGCAAUUCUGGUGUGGUCGAUGUAGCCACGAUGAUGGCCCAAAUCACCAUCUUCACUGCUGGACACGCAUUACAAGGAGAAGAAGUCCGCAAAAAGCUUACCAACGAGUUUGCUGCACUAUAUCAUGAUCUUGAUUUGGGUUUUAGACCCAUAAACUUUCUCCUACCUUGGGCGCCACUACCACAAAACCGCAAGCGCGAUGUUGCGCAUGCCACAAUGCGAUCGAUCUACCUCGACAUAAUUGAGAAGCGAAGAGCGCGUAGCGGCAAACCCUGCGAGGAGCAUACUGACAUGAUUUGGAACUUGAUGUCAUGCAAGUACAAGACUGGACUGCCCAUACCAGACAAAGAAAUCGCACACCUCAUGAUUACAUUGCUCAUGGCUGGCCAGCACUCCUCGUCAUCGUCUGGCGCAUGGAUUCUACUUCGUCUCGCAUCACGCCCUGACAUUGCAGAGGAGCUCUACAAUGAACAGGUAAAGAACCUGGGUAAGGAUGGGAUCCUGCGGCCCCUUGAAUAUACUGAUAUUGACAAGCUACCAUUGUUACACAAUGUCAUCAAGGAAACCUUGCGUGUUCAUUCUUCUAUUCACUCCCUGUUACGCAAGGUAAAGACGCCCAUCCCUGUUCCUGGUCACAACUAUGUCAUUACACCCGACAAAGUUCUGCUGGCAUCGCCCGCGGUAACGCAUUUGACUGAAAAAUAUUUUCCCAAUGCUCUCGAAUGGGAUCCCCAUCGAUGGGACUCCCGCGUCGAAGAGGCUGAUGACAUUGUAGAUUACGGUUAUGGUGCAGUCUCCAAAGGAACACGAAGUCCGUAUUUGCCUUUCGGUGCUGGCCGACAUCGUUGUAUCGGAGAGAAGUUUGCAUAUGUAAACUUAUGCACCAUAAUUUCUACCCUCAUUAGAAUCUUCAAAUUCUCUACCAUGGAUGGCACGGCGUGGAUACCGCCAACGGACUAUACAUCUUUGUUCUCUCGUCCGGUUCAACCCUCUAUUGUGCGUUGGCAGCGGCGUCUCUCUGAGAAGGUGUAA